GAUGGAGACAUCAAGAGUCGCUCUCCUCGCUCUUGUGUGUGUUGUGUUCCCCAGUCAGAAGAGGAUCUCUGGAGCAGAAGUGGAGAAGCGAGUCAGACGAGGAGACGACGUCACUCUCUACUCCGACUGUGUUUGGAAAAGUGGACUUUAUACAGUGUGGUUUAGAAACUGCUCACGUCAGAAUCAACCUCGUUUCAUGAUGUCAACUCAAAAUUUGAUACGUGAUGUUUCUCCACGUUUCUUAUUUGUGUUUAACGGCUCCACUAACACACACAAUCUCCUGAUUAAGAACGUCACAGAAUCAGAUCUGGGCCUGUACUACUGCGCUAUACAUGAGGAAAUAGUUUCAGAUUUAAAAGAUGGCCUCAUAGUUCAGAGUGCUGUGUAUCAUUAUGGAAACAGAUCCACUCGACUCUCUCUACUCGAAUCCUGUCCAACUGGGUGUGAACCCUGUGUAUCAGAGUGGAGUGUUAGCUGGAAGCUGAUGUUGAGUGUGUGUGCUGUGUGUGUUCUCCUCUCCUCACUCCUCUCCUCCAUCUGUGUGUACUGCCUCUGCACAAACACCACUAAAGCAAAAUUCAAACCUGAUCUGGAAGGAAGUCACAAAAGGACGACUCGGAGACGUGAUGAGGUUGGAGUCGAUGAGGUUUGUUAUGCCUCGUUGGACAUCCAGAACCUCAAGAAGAAGACGAAGAGGAAGAAGAGAGUUCAGCACUCUGAUUUUAGCACGUAUUCAGAGGUCAGAACUGAGAGAACUGAGAGAUGCUGAGGAGGAGGAGUUAAUGAAUUCUGAAAUUUGCAUUAGAUCACAGUGUAUUAUUUUAAUAAACUUUUUUUUUACAUCUUAAUGACAAUAA